AGAGGUCGGCGCUUCCCCUUCCGGCCGUGCCGCGGCUCCGUCAACAUGGCAGCGGCGCCGGGCGGCCGGCAGCGCUGCCUCCUCUGGGCGGCAGUGGUUGCGCAUGUGGUGGCGUCAGGUGCGGGUUUUGUGGAGGAUCUAGAUGAGUCGUUUAAAGAAAACCGUAAAGAUGAUAUUUGGCUUGUAGAUUUUUACGCACCUUGGUGUGGCCACUGUAAAAAGCUAGAGCCUGUGUGGAAUGAAGUGGGCACAGAAAUGAGAAAUAUGGGUUCUCCAGUAAAAGUUGGGAAGAUGGAUGCAACUUCCUUUUCUAGUAUUGCAUCUGAAUUUGGAGUGCGAGGCUAUCCAACAAUUAAGCUCUUGAAAGGUGACUUGGCAUACAACUAUAGAGGACCAAGGACCAAAGAUGAUAUAAUUGAAUUUGCUAACAGAGUGGCAGGACCUCUCAUCAGGCCACUUCCUAGCCAGCAUAUGUUUGAGCACGUGCAAAAGAGACAUCGUGUACUUUUUGUGUAUGUUGGUGGUGAAUCUCCUUUAAAGGAAAAGUACAUUGAGGUUGCUUCAGAACUAAUAGUUUAUACAUACUUUUUUUCUGCCUCAGAAGAUGUGCUGCCGGAGUAUGUGACAUUGCCUGAAUUGCCUGCUGUUAUGGUCUUCAAAGAUGGAACUUACUUUGUUUAUGAUGAGUAUGAAGAUGGUGAUUUGUCAUCCUGGAUAAACAGAGAAAGAUUUCAAGGUUAUCUUCACGUAGAUGGCUUUACACUGUAUGAGCUUGGAGAUACAGGAAAACUUGUGGCUAUUGCAGUCAUUGAUGAUAAAAACUCUUCAGUGGAACAUACCAGAUUAAAGUCUAUUAUUCAGGAAGUUGCCAGAGAUUAUCGGGAUCAUUUUCACAGGGAUUUCCAGUUUGGCCAUAUGGAUGGAAAUGAUUACAUUAAUAGUUUACUAAUGGAUGACUUGACAAUCCCUACUAUUGUUGUAUUGAAUACCUCCAAUCAGCAGUAUUUUCUACCAGAUAGGCACAUUGAGAGCACGGAAGACAUGGUUCAGUUUAUUAACAAUAUCCUGGAUGGUACAGCUGAAGCACAGGGUGGUGAUGGACUUCUGCAACGAAUCAAGAGAAUAAUCUAUGAUGCCAAGUCUACUAUAGUGUCUGUGUUCAAGAGUUCACCACUGCUGGGAUGCUUUCUCUUUGGGUUACCCUUGGGGGUCAUCAGCAUCAUGUGUUACGGAAUCUGCACAGCUGAUACAGAGGGAGAGGUAUUUGAGCAUGAGGGAGCUAAGAAGGAAAGUGGUGAUCGGGAGCUCACAGAUGAAGGCAGUGAGGAAGAACAAGAGGAGGAAAAGAAUGCAAAAUACACAGAACUUUCAGAUGGAGAGCUUAAACAGAAAGACAUUAUGGAAAAGAAAAAAGACUAACUUGUUUAGCAAGAGAAUUCUCUAAAAUUUCCAAAUAGACUUAUUUAUUGGCAGUUGUCAUUUAUUGAUUAUCUUCAUGAAAGAGGACCGUUUUAUCUGCAUAAUGGUAGUUUUGACUUGCAUGUGUUCACACUUUCUCAGAAAUUGACGGAAAAAAAAGUGGGUGUUCUCUUAAUUGUCUUUAGUAGAUUAACAAAGAGCAAUUUAAACUGAAGAAAUUUUCAGGUACAGUUCUACACCAUUUUUGUAUGAGUUUUGAAUUGUUCAUUUCCAGAACAGAGAUAAUGUUACUCGACCUUACUAUAUGUGAUGAACUGCUACUAAUAUAGCCCAGCUAUGCACUCAUUCAUAUAAAAUUAAAGCUGAAAGCAAGGAAAGGUUAAGCGAGCUGUAAAGUGUUUUUAGCUGAUAGCUGAAAGACAACUUAAAAGUUUUCUAAGAAGUCAUAUAUUCUACCUGUUGCACAUUAUUAUGGGAAAAGAAAAGCAAAAGCAAAACAACAAACUUUUCCAUUUCCUCAAAUUAAAUGUAAAGUUUUGGGAAUUGGAGGACCGUUCUACCAUGUAAUUACAUAAUUAUUAGCAGUUAAGAAUGCUUACUAGAUACAAGAUGUGGGAAUUAUAUGCUAAGUUAAGUGGUCAUUAGUGCUUUAGCAGCUAAAAAUAUUGGAAAAUUAUAUUAAAAACUUUUGCAACAUGGUUGCCUGUUAAUUACUUUGUGAGUGCUUGCACACUUAGAGUGCAAAAGUUCUGUACGUUUUCUGAAUCUGCAGCACAGCUUGAUAAAGGAAGACAUCAACAUUAACUCCUGAUUAUUUGUAUAACUCUCUAAUGACAAGCUUUUUGAAUGUUUUGUAUUUAUUUUACAGUUUACUUGAGAUUGUUAUAUGUCUUUGAGAAAGGUAGUUUUGUUUGAGUCUAUUACCUACUCUGAAGGGAGGAAGUUAAUGGACCUUAAUAUUAACUUUGAUAGAGGUUGAUCAGUAUAAAGCAUUUUUGUUUCCUGUUUCAUCGUAACAGCCACUUUUAAUACAAACCUGUGACUGCAAAAUGACUAAUUUGUGUCCAGGGCUAAAACUCUCCAACAAUAAGCUAUAAAAGCAGCCCUUGGCAUCAGUGUCAUGGAAAGUACUACAAAAACAAAACCUAAAAAACUAUAUUGCCCCUACUCAAACUGUUCAUGCUGGAUUUUUUCCUUUUUAUUUUUGCCUCUGUUUUAAGGCUAUAUUACUGUAUAAUACAUAAUAUUAUGUCCUCUUUAUAAGGCAGCUUGAUCACUUAAAAAAUUGUUAUGCUAUAGCACUAAAUUAAGGAAUUUUAAAUAGUAACCAUGAGUAAGCUUAAAUAGACAAGUUCUAUGUUGGAGCAAAUUUGAUGGCGCUGUAGAAUCAUAGCCAAGGAAAAUGUAUUGCAUCCUUUUCCCUUGUGGGAAAGAAACUUGUUUCAUCUGUUUAAGUAGCUUGGCAACAGCUAGCUUCAGGUUGCCAUGCAGUGUACCUUAAGUAGAUCUCUGACUUGAAAGAUUUUGGUUAUCAAACAGUAUAAACAACAUAUAAAGAGUUUAGGAAUAUUUUUUUGGAAAAAUUACAUGUCCGAUUAUGAAUACAAACUUUUCCCUUUUUGGAGGAGAGAUUAUAAAUGAGAUGGACCUUUUUUUCUUUUUUGUCAUUAUAGUCAGUUGUACAUAGUGACUUGAGUGUUCUUGCUUUUUGUUGAUGCUAUUUUUUUGGUAGAACCUUUGAGAGGUGUAGGUUUAGCCAUAUACAGGAGGAAUAGGUGCUUAAAAUUGUGUUUAGGAAGGGGUAAUUUUUUUUAUGGUAUUGAGCUCUGAGUUGUUUAUCGAAAAAAAAUUUUAAAAAUCACUGAAUAAAAAACCUUUUCUUUGGACUUCUGCACAACUCAGUGCUGAUAGUCAAAAUGUACAACUAUUAAGGCAGUGGUAUGUUUUCUUUGUCUCUUUUCUUAGGAUUUCAGUACAGAUCAGUUGCAUAUUUAAUGUUGGCUCAGGCUGGAAACCUGCAGCUUUUGACCUAAUAAAAAAACCCUGAAGUGGUCAACGAAAUGGUGCUGUUCCUUCUCUGGAGUGUAAUGAAAAGAAAAAAAAAAAUCCCGAGUUUUGCUGCACUGCUAAGAGCUGUUUCAACAUGGAGCCUUCUUUUUAUGUGGUUAUUUUUUGUUUGUAUUUAUAAUUAGUAGUAGCCAGUUGACUUGCUGGGAAAUAUUCUGAGAUGUGGACCUGAAUAAGGAUAAAUACUGUGGAAGAAACGGAUCACGCUGGGAUCUGUUCAAACUGUAGCACUUAAUAGCUGGAGUUUAGGAGAAAAGCCUAUACGUCAGUCACUUCUGAACUCUAAUAUCCGUCAGAUGCGUACUGAACUGUUGAAAAUUAGACUUGAAAUGUACUGCUGUUUUCAUCAAAUCUUUCCCCAGCUACAUAGAACAAGUCAUGGGCAGAAGAAAGGAGGACAGGUCAUAUACUGGGUGCCAGAAGUGAUGUGAAAUUAAGGUGUUUGUUUUGGUCACUCAAGUAAGCUAAAGUGCUGUCUGAGGAGGGGCAUUUUAUUUCUUUCCUUCAGUCUCUAGAGGUUUCUUAAAGCAACUUCACUGUAAUAACUUCGGAUUCAUAAAAUAAUGCUGCUUUUUUUAAAGUGUAAGCCUUUUGUUUUUCUGUAAUAAAAAGGAUUCAAAAGAG